UAGUUUCGGAUAGAUUUUAGUAGGUAAAUGCGCGCGACGCGACCAGUGUGUUCAUGCGGCCAUUGUCAUUAAUCAAAUCAAGAAAAUGUAAUGUCUGAACAUAAUCGUCCAACACAUUUUGCCAAAAGGAUUUGCGUCAGCAAAGCGUAGAGUCGUUGUGCAAAAUAGUAGCUGAAUUCUUACAACUGAGUGUCUUUUCUAUUUCGAAAUUUCCAUCCUUUGCUCGUCAAUCGCCUAUAACCGAUCUUUAAUCUCUCUUUCACAUCUUUCGGAGUGCGAUCUUGUGUGUCUUCUUCAAUCUCAUUAUCAAAUAUUGGGUUCCCUCAAAUGGAUGACGCAAUGAGUUAUCGGCCGAGGAUCAUGGUGACCAACGAUGAUGGAAUCGAUGCGCCUGGUUUACGAGCUUUAGUACAUGUAUUGGUCUCAACUGGUCGUUACGAGGUUCAGGUCUGCGCUCCUGCUUCGGAAAAGUCUGCUGCAAGUCAUAGCAUUACUUGGCGUCAUCCUCUUUCUGUUAGCAGAGUUGAAAUUGAAGGAGCAACAGCUUACGCAGUUUCUGGAACACCAGCAGAUUGUGCUUCUUUAGGAAUCUCCAAGGCCCUCUUCCCUGCAGUUCCUGAUCUGGUUAUCAGUGGCAUCAAUAUGGGUAGCAACUGUGGAUAUUUCAUUGUCUAUUCAGGGACAGUGGCUGGUGCUCGAGAGGCCUUCUUUUAUGGUGUACCUUCUAUAUCUGUGUCAUAUGAUUGGGUUAGAGGUAAAAGCAGUAUUCAUGACUUCAAACUAGGUGCUACAGCGUGCUUGCCCAUCAUAAAUGCAAUAAUGACUGAGCUGAAAAAUAAAACUUAUCCUCAAAGAUGCUUUUUGAAUGUUGAUUUGCCGACAGCCAUUUCAAGUCAUAAGGGAUAUAGGGUGACUAAACAGGGGAAGAGUAUUAUCAGAAUGGGAUGGAAGCAGGUUAUUUCUGGAACACAGGGAGGAAAAAUGUUAUCAACAAUGACAAUGGAGAUUGACACACCAGCAACUACCGAAAUGGAUGCAGAUUCACUGGCAUCAGAAGAACAACUUUUGUUCAAGAGAGAAGUGUUAAGUUCACAAUUUGAAGCGGAGGAUAGUCAGGAUACAGACUUCCAAUCUCUUCAAGAAGGAUAUAUAACGAUAACUCCUAUUGGUGCCCUCUCUAAUGCUGAGAUGGAUUGUCAGGCCUAUUUCAAAGAUUGGUUGCCGCGUGCAGUUGAAUGCACAUCUUCAUCAGCCUUAUAAUGUGGAUCUCCAGGCAUGUGGGUUCUUGCAAGUUAAGACAUUGCUAAAGACAUUCUUUGGGUGCCCCGUCUAUACUAUUUCAUUAUUCCCAGCCUUCUUUCGGCCUUCUAUCAAGAGAGUCUACUUUUGUGGAGAAUGAUGAGGACACAUAUGGCAUACAUUUAAAAUUUACCAUUAGAAUGACUUUUACUGUUGAUUGUAACAAACUGACCAUUAUUGGAAUGCAAAAUAAAUCUUUAGGAUAUUUUUAGUGAUCAAUAUUUUCAAAAUCUAUUCCUUCAUCUGGUGAUGUCAUCUUUUGGGAAGUGUACUAAUCUACAUUCUAUGUCUGCCUGUCUGGUAAUAAUGGAAUGCGAUCCAAUAGGAUUUGUCA